ACAAAAAAUAUGUCAAAAUUAAUUUUGGUGACGGGAGGGGCCGGUUAUGUGGGCUCACACUGUGUACUGGAGUUUCUAAAUAAGGAAUACAAUGUCAUAGUAAUUGACAAUUUAGUUAACUCUACAAUUAUUAAUGGCAAUGGACUACCAGAAAGUUUAAUUCGUGUCCAACAUUUGACGGGAAAAAAGUUAAAACAAUUUAUUGAUGGAGACCUUCGGGACAGUGAGYUAUUGGACUCUAUAUUUUCAAACAACAACAUCGAUGUUGUCAUACAUUUUGCUGGACUCAAGGCUGUCGGCGAAUCUAUAGCCAAACCAUUACUCUAUUACGACAACAAUAUUACCGGAACUAUCAAUUUGUUAAAAUCAAUGGAAAAGUUUAAAGUUAACAAAUUGGUGUUUUCUUCGUCCAGCACUGUCUACGGCGAACCGGAAGAGUUGCCGAUCACUGAACACUUCCCGACCGGCCAGAACUGUACCAAUCCGUACGGCCGAACCAAAUAUAUGUUGGAAGAGAUAAUGAAAGAUCUGUGUGUGGCSUCGCCUGACUGGUCAAUCAUGUCGUUACGUUAUUUCAAUCCGGUCGGCGCCCAUUUUUCCGCCGAUAUCGGCGAACAACCUAAUGGUGAGCCAAAAAAUUUGAUGCCUUAUAUUACUCAAGUGGCAGUCGGUGUAAGAAAAGAGCUGAAAGUGUUUGGCAAUGACUAUAAAACAAGUGACGGCACCUGUAUUCGCGACUAUUUGCAUAUCGAGGAUCUGGCGGUCGGACAUCUUAAGGCAAUUGAUAAGAUUUAUAAUAAUAAUUUUCCCGGUUUUCAUGCAAUCAAUUUGGGCACUGGAAGGGGUUAUACAGUUUUGGAGGUUAUCCAAGCCUUUAAAAUGGCCACUGGAGUAAAGAUUGCCUACAAAAUAGUCGAUCGUCGUCCAGGAGAUGCCUGUGCCGUCUACGCGGACGCCCGGUUAGCACAUGAGGUAAUCGGCUGGAAAGCCACGCGCGGACUACAAGACAUGUGUUCAUCGGCCUGGAAAUGGCAACAGAAAAAUCCCAAUGGAUAUCGAUCUAAAGUUAAAUGA